UGAAUCACGAGCAGAACAGCAGUAAAAGUGACGCGCAUUCCAAGAAACUUGAAUAUAGUUCUAGUGAUGGGUAUAGGUCAACUAGCGAUUCUCUAAAAAGAAAAACAUUUUUAUGUGGAGCACUGAAAAUACUUUUAUAUAAAUGAAACGUCGAUAAUUUAAUGAAAGUUUAAGCGAAUGUUCUUAUUGUACACGGGACAGCGUUUUCCAUUUUGGGUUAACGUUUUGCCAUUAAAAAUGAGUCGAGCCUUUCAAAUUCAAAAUUCGAAAACUAUACAAGAUUACAUCCCAGCUUAAUUAAAUACAUAAGCACCAAUUAAAUACACUAUGCACCAGUAAAUACUACCUUGUAUUGCUGUGGCUACAUUAAGUAAUUAGUUGACUGUAAAUAUAUUGUUUUUGUUAUGUAUUUAUCAUUCGUAUGAAAGACUAAACGCAAUACAUAUUGUUUAAAAAUAUGUACAUGUAGGUACAACGUACAUUCUUGAUAGAUUGAGAACCGUUUGUUGGUAGUUUGUGGUGCUCGUGGGAUACCAACGGUUUUACAAGGUUAGGUUAGAUGCUAUGCUACACGGCCACCACACAGCAUAACGUGUUUGGGUGUGGUUAAUACCGUGGGAUCUUUACUGGAUCGGUGGAUCCGAAGCGUUCGUUUGUCGUACGCUCUACGACUGUAUUUCGCUUCGUGAUCUCUACCGUUCGAAGAACGAUUUUUCGCGAUGAAGAAGAGAAGCUUCUCCGGCAAUAUCGGUGUCGGAGUAUACAUUGUUGCCUUCAUCUGCGUUUGUGUCGCGUUUGGUACACCAGCAUGGUUAGUGAGCGAUUAUCGGAUUACUGGUGCGAAACUCGACAAAUUGGGUCUUUGGACCCAUUGUUUUCGAUCUCUGCCGAAUCCCCAGGAAAUGGACGCACCUAGGCGCUUCUUCGUCGGUUGUCGAUGGGUCUAUGAUCCUUUCACUGCAGGAUACUCUGAAAUUCUUGGCUUCUUACUGCCGCCAUUCAUGAUAGCAACACAGUUUUUCUUUACUGUGUGCUUCCUGUUGAGUUUGAUAUCAUUGGUGUUGAUAUUAUUGUUUACCUUGUGUUGCGAUCCUGAGCAAAAAAGAUAUGUACAACUUAUUUUUGUCAUUGGAUAUCUAUUGCUGGUUGGUGGUAUAAGCGGCGGACUAGCUGUGAUUAUAUUCGCCUGUCUUGGAAACACAGAUGGUUGGAUGCCUGGGCAUGCUAACAAUUUCUUUGGCUGGUCCUUCAUAAUGGCAGCUGUGGGUAGUGUACUGACUAUAAUAGCAGGUGUGCUUUUCCUUGUUGAAGCAACAGUACAGCGUAAGAAGAGGGAAUACUUGAAAGAAUCUCAAACAAGAUUUGAGCUGAACUCUCGUACAUGAGUAAGGAAUAUUUCUUGUAAAAGACUUGCACAACACUUUAGUACCAAAAUAUUGUAAUAUUUCUCCGUCCAUACGAGCAUGUUUCUGGUAAUAGAAUUAUAUAGAAGUUAAGGUAGAAUUGCUGCUACUAUAAGUACAAAGUAUGAUAUGACAUAAGAUUUGUAUUUUUGUAUGAUGUUUUAUACAUACAGGAUAUGUAGAAGCGUAUUUUACAAAGAAGUAUACUCGUUUUGUUAAUGUUUUUUUCUUGUUGUACAUUAACAUUUCCAAAAGUUAAUAGUGCAGUGAAAAAAAGUGAAGAGUGCUUUUCUUUGUACACCAAAUGCUUUAAAAGAAUGAGAAUAGUCUCGAUUAUAAUUGAUAGAAAGUAUUCUAUUUUUUUCUCAUUUUUUAUAGAUAGCAUAAGUUGUUGAAUUCUGCAGUAUUUUAUAAAGUAAACGUUCACUGCCAUCGGUGAAUUUAUAUGUAAUAAAUUUGCAACGAGAUCCGUCCUUAGGUACAGAAUUAUAAUAACGUUGUUAUUUCCAUGUAAUCGAAAUGGAGCAAUUCAAAAUUUUUUUGUAUCAUAUUUUUACUUCAAUAAAUUACUUGAUAAUUACAUGUACAGACAUA